UGCAGGAGGACUCAGGUGGUUAGCUGGUGUGCCAGUUGAUGGUUUGAAUCUUUCUGCCGGUACCAGGCUGUCGUUCCUCGGGGGAGCUGUAGCAGCAUGUCAGAGGUUGGCUGAAGCUGGUUAGCUUUUUGGGGUAAAGUCAUCAAGGAUUUGAAAGACAGAACAGGAGUAUUGAUUCAACUAGUGCGCAUCGCAUUCGGCAAAACCAGGGAUGGGUACAAUCCCACACGAGAUCCGGAGACUCUUGGAUGACUGCGAGUUGUUUGUGACGGAGAUCCUUGAGGAUGAGAGCCUGAGUGAAAGCGCAGCAGAAACGCGGAAGGUCCUGCUGAAUAACUUCCUGGUCGUCCAUACAAGGCUUCCACAGGAAUUCCCAGCAAGAUUUGACUACAGGGACGAUGAGGGCUCUGAUGACAACCGCAGCUCCAGCCUGGGACGUUCUGCCCCUUCAGACGACGCCUCAGUGUCGGACUACCAGGAUGAUGGAGUCCCAGAGUCAGAUUUAGGUGACAUCCCCCCAGUUGGAGCCCAGGAACUUACCAACAACUUGAAACAGGGCUUCCUGGAGAAGAAACGAAAAGAUCACAGCUUCUUCGGCUCAGAGUGGCAGAAGAGAUGGUGUGUCCUGAACCACUCCGUGUUUUACUACUUUGGGAGUGAGAAAGAUAAACAGCAGAAAGGCUCAUUUUAUAUCAGUGACUAUAGCGUGCAGCUGUCGAGCAGCCUGAGAAAAGACUCCAAAAAAACCGCCUGCUUCGAGUUCACGGCUCCUGGUCGACGGGCCUUCCAGUUCACUGCCAGCAGCCCUCAAGAUGCCCGAGAGUGGGUGGACCAAAUAAAUUUUGUUCUGAAGGAUCUCAGCUCUAAUGUCAUCCCCGUUGACGACGAUGAGUAUGAGGACGAGUAUGAUGACAUUGAGGGCCUGGCCAGUCCCCCCCUGCCGCCAUCAGUGGCCCAGGUUUCGCAGGUCAACAAGCAAAUAAGAAGACAAGAGAAGCAUGAACCUGAUGAGGAUGAAGACGACAUCUAUGAGGAACUGCCAGAGGAAGAUCUUCAAGAACAAUUGGAAGAGACUGCUGAGAAGAACAACCAGUCAGCCUUGUCAUCAGAAUAUGCUAACUACUACCAGGGUUUGUGGGACUGCCAGGCCGACGAGACGGAUGAGCUGGACUUUAAGAGAGGGGAUCUCAUCUAUGUCAUUAGCAAGGAGUACAACAUCCACGGCUGGUGGGUCGGCGAACUGAACGGCACCGUGGGCAUCGUCCCCAAGGACUUCCUGCAGCCCGCCUACAUCCUCUGAGCUCCAACAGCACGCUGUCUUCGACACAUCCAGACGUGACUCCACCGACGGAUACCGACACAAUUUCUUUCCCGCUUUUCAUGAUGUAGAUGCUGCGUGUUUGUGCAGGAUCUACUGUCCACCAUAGAUCACAUUUAUGUGAUGUGGAAACUAGAACUGUCAUUUUAGAUGUAUUCAUCCAGAAAUGACCGAUGCACACUGAAAGCCACUGUUUACCUAGGCUGAGAUAUUUGUCAAAUAUCAGAAUAAGCGACAUACGUAACCGUACGGCCUUUAGAUAUUUUGAUUUCUUAAUUUUUAACAUUAAAGAGUUAUGUGCAUGUUAAAUACUAUUAAUAAAUCAUCAAGGCGUCAAAUUAAAAAUAUUCUUGUUUGGGUUUUCUUUGUUUUCAUUUACAUUCAAUUUUGGCCAUAAGGUGGCAGCACUGUUCUGAUAAUUAAAAUCUAGGAGAAGGACAUCCUUGAAAAAUGAUCACAUUGAAAUUUACUUGAACUUUAAUAAUAAUAUACGUUAGUUCUUUUAUAUAUACAUAUAUAUCAUCUACAUAAUAGCCUGUAAUGGUGAAACGUCUGACAUUUAAAAUUGGGUUUAGAUUUAUUUCACGUCUGGAUCCAGUGGUGGUACAUUUAGCAGAAUGAGCACAGUGUGGAACGAAACACUUUCCCAUAUCAGGUCUCCUAUGAAAGCAGAAACCAAGCAAUGAAGUCAAAGAAUUUGUCUGUAGAUCUUGUGGCAAAGCAUAAAUCUGCAAAUUGUUAGAAAACAAAACCUGCUGUGUACUUUGGAACCAGAGCCACUUAUCUGGUGAACAUGAAGGACAGUGGGUCCCUGAAGACUAGGAUAGAUAAACACUGAUUUAGAGAGAGAAAUGUCUGCAGCUAAACACUGAGAUUUUUUUUAUGUGAUCCAUCUCCAGAGAGCCUGGAUUUAAAUAAAAGUGAACAAAUCUGGAAAGACCUAGAAAUGGCUCUAGUGACUCUGCCCCUCCAACCUGACGGAACCAGAGGAGAUCUGCUGAGAAGAAAAGGAUAAAAUGACACAAGACAGGUUUGCCUAGCUUAUAAACGCAUACCCAAGAAGAGUCAAUAUUGUAAUAAACUACCAAAAGUGCUUCGACAAGAUAUUCAGCAUGAAUUUUCUAUUUUAAAAAUAUUAAAUGUUGGCAGUUUUACUUUUGAGCACUAGGUGGCAGCAUUGUUACAAGAACGUCAAUUUCUGAGAAAGACGCGGUGGAGAUUAUUUCAAAAAGGAAAUGGUGUGAAAGAAACUUAUUUAUUGAAAUAAACUUGGAAAUCGUACAUGAAUAAAGUCACUCCGGUGGUUAAUAACCCUUUUAGAUCCACAUUCACUUUUAUUUUACUUCAAAACAAAUUAAAUAAAAAACACCUGCAGGUCCCUUUAAAAUGCAGCAGAAAUCACAGGAAUGAGAAGCAGUAAGUAGUGUGAAAACAGAUCUCAGAUCAAAUCAACAGGUUUGUGAGCAGUUGGACUUCAGACUGACAUAUUCAGGGGUCAUAUAUGAACAUUUUAAAUUAAAAAAAAAAAAAAAACUGGGAGGAAAUUACAGCAACCCACGUUUACGCCCAGUAUCCAGUAAAUGU